CUUCAUCAGACUAGGCGAGUAUCCAUCCGAGGUUUGAUCCUCAGAUCAUGCAUAUGUGAUACAGUGUCACUUUCCACUAUAUCACCACUGCCUCAAAAACCUGAUCAAUCGCAUAAUUUCAGACUAUUCACUACUGUGCGCCGAGGGAGUCCCGUUACUUAUGGAAGACCAUCGGCCACGGCCCUGUCAACCCCGUCCUUGGCUGCCCGAGCACAAGUGUCCGGCAAGCUUUUGGUGUCACGAAGGCGAUGAUGAGUCCAGCUAUUAUUGCUGUCCGAAGAACAGGAAAUUUGAGAACCGCUGCCAUCUACCGCCCGCUACUGGCCAUGGAACACUUUCGAUGCGACGAUUCUACUACGAUUGGAUGAGCGAUGGCUGCCAUGAACUUCAUUACACUGGAAUCGGAGGAAAUGAGAACAGUUUCAUGACGUAUGAGAGUUGCGAAGAAGCCUGUAGAGGUGAAUUAUUUCAUGUCUGUAUGUUGGCCCUAGUUUUUUCAUCGUGCUCGAAGUUAUAUCCCCUCUCGAAAACCUCCACAUCUUCUGUCCGCAAAGUCACUGAAUCCGCGACAUCAUCGAGUCCUGAAUCAUAUGAAAGCAGUCCGGAGGAUGAACAGCUGCAGACCCUUUGGCAGGACACAAAUCCUUGUGAAGCUCCAGCCAGUGCAGGAUCUCCUGGAGGAAUUGCUCGGAAAAUGUGGUAUUUCGAUGAAUCAGCGAUAUCUUGUGUGCCUUUCGUCUUUCUUGGUUCUGGCGGAAAUGCAAACCGAUUUGCUGAUCAGGGAACUUGUAUGCGAACCUGUGGAAGUGGGAAACCUACUCGUGCUUCAUGUGAACUGCCUUCACAAUUCGGAAAUGGCACUUUCAAAAUACCACGGUAUUAUUUUGAUAAGACUGCGAAACAAUGCGAAUUGUUCUAUUACUCCGGUAAUGGUGGGAAUGAGAAUCGAUUUCUGAAGAAGGCGAAAUGCGAACGUCUCUGUCUUGGAAGUUCGUUUAACUUUUUCUUUUCCUUUUUGAUCUCUUCAUCACUUGUCUCAUUCCCUGAUUCAGCAUCGCCUACUACUGCUGCUGCUCCCACUCCAACUCAGAGCGAGACAUCUUCGGAUCAAAUUCUGCGUAAAUCGUCCAGCAGAGAAGAAACAAAUCAAAACUACACCUCUUCAUCUGAAGAAGCAACUACGCUAGACCCAUUCCCAACCCUUAUCAAUAUCCCCAAAGGUAUCGGUCAACAGAUCUUAUUUGCAAGUAGCUUUUUUCGUUGUAAAAUACUAUUUCAGAGUUCAUACCACCAUUCCCACAAUUUUACGGCUGCUCUUUUUCAGCAGGUCGCUCUUGAUGUCUCGCCAUGUCAGUCACCCCUACGCGGUGAUGUUGUGAUUAUGUGUGUUUUGGACGGAGUCACUUGUCCUGCUGGGACUUUUUGUCAAGUUGGAGAUGCGCAAAGUAUUUGUUGUCCAACAUUGCCUGAGCCGCAAUGCGAACAGCCGCAACGUCCAGGUGUAGGGACAUCAACACUUCUUCGAUGGUACUAUAAACCCUCUACACGUCAGUGCCACAUGUUCGUAUUUCACGGAUUCCAGGGUAACCAAAACAAUUUUGAGAGCCUCCAGGAGUGUGAAUCCACUUGUAGAGAUCUGAACCCUUGUGAAGAAGGAGCACCUCUACCUGCGAUUGAUGGGAGUCAAAAAAUUCUCGUUUUUUAUACAUUUUUCCUUUUUCUUUUUCUUUUACCCCUCGAAUGCUCGAUUCAAUCUCUUACGCGGCACGUACUGUACUUUCGACUGAUGAAGAUGGGUCUCUACUAUUGGAAUGGGAUGUCUUCAGAAUGCUUGAUGCCCGAAGAUGCUGGCCACGGUGUCGAGAGCAGUCAUCGCUGGUCGUACGACUCACCAACGAGGAAGUGUGUUUCUUUCAUCUAUCAUGGUUACGGUGGAAAUCAAAACAACUUCCUUUCAAGGAACGACUGUGAAACGGCAUGUAUACCAACAAAUCCAUGCGAUCAGCCCGUGUCGAGUGGGCAUGGAAACAAAUUCAUUUCAAGAUUUUUCUUCUCGAAGGAGUAUGGUCAAUGUCUUCACUUCGCCUAUAGUGGUGAAGGUGGUAAUUCAAACAACUUCGCAAAUCUUCGUGAAUGUGUGGAUACCUGUAUGAGCAACAGCAGCUAUUUCCGUUGUAAGUUGAUAUCGAUACUUGCCUUUGAGUUGUUAUUCUCAAAGCUUCCAGAAUCAUUCUGCCUGCAACCACGACCACCGUUGAACGUUUGUCUGUCCCCGAAUUCUCCACCAGUCCAAAGGAUCCAAUUCACAUAUGAUCCGUUGGCGGAUCGCUGCGUUCGAUUCAGUUACUCAUCGUGUUCUCCUGACUACAAUCUCAACCAUUUUGAGACAGAUUCACAGUGUCAACGACUCUGCUGCAAUCAGGGUUACGACCUUGUUUAUAAGAGAAAGUUGUUGAUGCUGAACGACUCUCCAUUGGACGAUUCCGAGGACUCUGAUCGCCUUUGA